AUGGGUAAACAACCUCCCAGGGUGGCCGUCAUCGGCCUCGGCGUCGCUGGCCUUGUCGCUGUCAAGAAUCUGCUGGAAGAGGGCUUCGACGUAACUGGAUUUGAGCGCAGCGAAUAUGUCGGAGGGCUUUGGCAUUAUACCGAGCAAGACAGCACAUCAGUCUUGCCGAACUUCCCAUACCCAGACUCUACACCGAGCCAUUGUCCAUCUGCAAAAGUGGAGGAGUAUCUUGAGUCUUACGUAGACCACUUCAACUUUCGCGAUAAGCUCCGACUGGGCGUAUCAGUACAGAAAGUACGACGCGAUGACGAGGGCAAUCGCUGGGUGGUAGACCUCCAGGGCUCUGAGCCGGAAUAUUUCGACAAGGUCAUUAUAGCAACGGGCAUCAACAAUCGUCCUCAUAUUCCAAAGGUCGAGGGCAUGGAACAAUUUGAAGGCGAGGUUCUGCAUUCGCGGGCCUUCAAAAGACCAGAACUCUACAAGGGCAAGCGAGUGCUAGUUGUCGGCGUUUCUAAUACGGGCGCGGACACUGCAGCAGCUCUUUGCGGGCAUGCUGAAAAAGUCUGGAUAUCUCACAGCCAUGGUGUUAUAGUGAUCCCACGAAAACGCAACGGCAUCCCAUUCGAUCACACCAUCACAGCGCGCACAAUGGCCUUGAUGGGAAUGUUUGAGAAUGCAUUUCCUCGUCUGUACGAAAUCAUCUUCAAUGCGAUAUGCAAGAAGAUGCAAGACAACGCGUUCAAGAUGAGGCCCGAAUGGGGUCUCUCUCCAGCGGAUUCCGUCUUGCAUACUCUGCCGGUCGUGUCGGAUUAUCUCAUUCCUCUGCUCGAGUCGGGCGACAUCACCUCAGUCUCCAAAAUACAGCGCGUCGUAGGACAGAAGUGGAUCGAACUCACGGAUGGAACGCGUCUUGAUGUUGACACGAUCAUCUGGUGCACCGGAUACAAGGGAGAUUUCAGUCUCGUCAACCCAAGCGUUGAUCCCACGCGAAACACAACGCCAAAAUGGGCAGAAGCAGUCGGAUCUCGUGGUAAACCGCUUCCCCGACUCUAUCAAAACGUGUUCUCGCUCGAUUACCCAGACUCUUUAGCCUUCAUGGGCAAUCUCCUCCUCGCAACAAGCGCAUUCCCCAUCAGUGAUCUCUGCACUAUGGCAAUCGCUCAAAUUUGGAAAGGAAGCUCUCCUCUCCCAUCAAUUGACGAAAUGAACCGCGCCACGGACAAACAGCAUGGUUUAAUCUGUAAGCUCGCUAACGAAGGUAGCGUGGCGCCUGGGUGGUUGCGACAAGCUGACUGGCUUGCAUGGGCUGACAAUGCAGCUGGAACGCAGGUGUAUGAGCAUCUUGGGUGGGGGUUGAAAGGGUGGAAAUUGUGGUGGAAUGACCGUGCUUUGUACAAGAUGUUGAUGGAUGGGAUCUUUACGCCGUUUGUGUGGAGGGUGUUUGAUGGGGAGGGCAAGAGGAAGAAAUGGGAUGGGGCGAGGGAGGCGAUUGAGAAGGUUAAUGCUGAGUUGGCGGCUGCAAAGGCGAGGAAUAAGACCAAGAAGAUUCAGUAG